GAAAAUCGAUUUUUAAACAUAUCGAUAAAUUGACAUCAUACCACUUUUCGAUUGUGUUCAUUCAUAGUUUUUCUUUAUCGGAGUGAAGUGGAGCUUUGUUUUGUGUGUUGAGGACAUCUACUUGUUCAAAUGAGUCCUUAAAUGGCCAAGUCAAGUUGCCAAAAGUAGUUGUGUGCAAAGCAAAACUGAUUUUGAAAAGUCCCAAGUGAAGAAACAACGAGAAAAAUGUUUAAUUUCAUCAAAGAAGCCAUGUCGCCAACAACGCGUUCAAAAGCCAUCAAAUCAGAUAUCGCGGAAACGAUGGAAAUGUCAAAGGAAGCUGGUGAAAGUGUAAAGGAAUCUUCCUGUUCCAUUGUUGUGCAGUCCCCACCAGCUGUAAAUCCAAUAAAAGGCUAUAAAAUAACCGACAAUGAAAGAAGUCGCAAAUUUGGUGUUGGGGCCAAUUCAUUGGAAAUGCUGAAAACAAAGGCCAAACUUAAAUUUCCUAUCAAAGACUUGCACAUUUACUUGGCCUCUGAUGGCUAUGAAGUUACCGAUGAAGACUAUUUUUCCACACUGGAAUCUCAGACCUUAUUUAUAGUGGCUGGACCCGAUGCCAUUAUAACGACUGAUUCUGACUUUGAAUUCGAGCAGCUGAGACAACGAUCGCCCCUACUAAAAGUUGCCGAUAUCAUAUACGAUUUCAUGGAACAGCAGCCGGAAAAAUUCAGCAAAUUAAUUGCCGAAUAUGAACGGAAAAAACUACCGCACAAAUAUGAUCAAAAUAAAACAACGCUAAGCAUUAAAAGCGAACACCCUGAAUGGUUUCUGGGACAAGAGGAAAAAUGUUACACCAAAGAGGAGGCAUUGCAGCGUAAGGCACAAGAUCGUGUCCGUUGUUAUUAUUAUAAAACCAAAGAUGAACUAACCCGCAAUCGUCUCUAUCAGCAGAAUCAAAAGGCACGACAAAUUAUCGAUUCGGUGUUGGAGAAAUUUCGUUAUCUUUUAAUUGGUUGUGAUUACUUUUCGAUGAUUUUCAAUCGUAAAUGUGAACAUAAACAUGAUAUAAUCAAGAAUAAACUCGAAGAGGAUAAGGAUGAUGAGACCGAUGCCCGGGCAGUGGUACCAAAUAAGAGAUUAAAACAAGUCAUCAGGGAGUACACGGCACGUCAUGAAAUCCUAGAUCAAUGGUCGGUUUCGCUCUGCACCGAUUUGGGAGAUUUCUAUUGUCAGGGCUCCUAUUCGGAUUCAGCGAAUAAUUGUGCCCUACAACACACCAUCAAUCCCUAUGCAUCAAGGGAAAAUCUAAUAUUGUUUCAAGUUUGGAAUUUGGAUCAUCAAAUUGAGUUGUCACGGACAAUUUUACCAGCUCUCAUAGAAAAUGUACGCGAGCUGAUUAGCACACCGAAACGCAUGUGUAGCCUGCACAAGGCCCCUGUUGUGGAUGUCUCUGUUUUGGAAUAUUUCCUAGAAAUAUUCUCUUUGAAAAAUCUUAAACUUGUGCACAUCGUAUGCCAUGAAAAGUCACAACGGCAGAAUAAAUCAAAUGGUCGUCUGCUGUGUAAACAGUGUCAUGAAUAUAAAAUUGUCGAAGAACUAAUGCAAGUUGAAUAUAACUAUAAUCCAGAUGAUUGGUAAAUCGAAGAACACUUAAACUUAAGGUACAAAUUGAGAGUGAAAAACCCUCCAAAAAAAUGGAAUUCUGUACAAAAUGCAAACACAAUUUAGUUCGUAGAAAGUAGAACAAUAACUUGUUAAUUUGUAGACAUUAUUAUGUAGAGCUUGUUGUAUGUGCUUUGUUUUAUGUUGCCAAAAAUUGUUGAAUACCCACAUAUUACUAGAUUAAGAUUAGAUCUCAGCCAUCGAAAUUUUUUGGUUAAAGCCAUAACCUAAAGCCUGUUUCUGUAUGUCGGCACGGGAGAGAAAUCGAAAGGAAGCCAACAUUUCAAAUGUAAUUUUUCAAGAUUUUUAGUUAACACAAAAAGAGCUAGAAUUUGAAAUACAUUCUCAUUGGGAAUGGUGUUUCUCUUUUGUAUUGAUAUACGGAAACAGGUCCAUAAUUUCACAUAUAAAAUCCCUACAACAUAUUUUAUAAACAUAUAAAAGGUCAUUUUUUCGUAGAAACCCUCCUAAAGUUUAUUCAUCCCUACAAGACUUUAUAUUGCUAUUCUAUAUAUAGAAGAUCUAUCAACAAAUAUUUAAUAGAAAACCUGUUGUUUUUUAGAUAGAGAUUUUUAUUUACGAUCUUUUGAAAGCCUGCCGCUUCAAGCUAUUGAUAGGUCUUCUGCAUAUAGAAGACCAUUCUUCUCUACUGCUUACAGAAUAUACGUCUCUAAAUGCCUUCCGUCUAUAGAAAAUCUUUAAAAUACCUUCUGUAUAUAGGCGAUUUUUAGAAGGGCUAAAAAAACAUGUCCAAUUUAUUGUAAGCCCUUCAAUGGCCUUCUAUAGGCGAAACAUCUUUUUAAAGACCUCUAUCAACAAAAGGCAUGAAAAAAAGUAUUAUAUCUUUUCAGGACAUAUUUACGAUUCCAUUAAGUCAUAUAGAAACCAUACUGUCCUUAGAACCUCCCAAAAAAAUGCCAACUAAAUCUUGAAAUUUUCUUUUGCCAUUUGAAUCCCAUAUAACUAUUCA